GGAGCGCAUGCGCGGUGCGCGCUGAACGCAACGCGUCUCCCCCAGUCGCCCGCGCUGCGUUCACGGGGUCCCCGACCGCGGGCCGCCGCCCCCUCCGCUCGGCCAUGGCGCCCCCGUCCCCGCGCCGCCCCCCGAGGCCGCUGCUGCUGCUGCUGCUGCUGAGCGCGGCGCUGCUGGGCGCCCAGGCCCGCGCCGAGCCCGCCGGGAGCGCCGUCCCCGCGCAGAGCCGCCCGUGCGUGGACUGCCACGCGUUCGAGUUCAUGCAGCGCGCCCUGCAGGACCUGCGGAAGACGGCCUACAGCCUGGACGCGCGGACGGAGACCCUCCUGCUGCAGGCGGAGCGCCGGGCCCUGUGCGCCUGCUGGCCCGCGGGGCGCUGAGGCCCCGCCCGCUGCCCCCCAAUAAACGCCCCG